AUGGGGCUUGUGCAGAAAGUGCUAACAGCACUGGCCCUUUGGUGCCUGAUUACCAACACUAGGGAGAUAGCGGCUUGCAUCACAGAAGAGAGAGAUGCUUUGGUUGCCUUCAACACCAGUCUCAACGAUCCUGAUGGGAGGUUAAGUUCAUGGCGCGGCGAUAACUGUUGCAACUGGAGUGGUGUCAGAUGCAGCAAGAAGACCGGCCAUGUCGUCCAGCUGGAUCUUGGUGAAUACACUCUCCAAGGUGAGAUCAAUCCAUCUUUGGCUGGUUUGACAAAUUUGGUGUACCUCAACCUCAGCCAAAACGACUUUGGCGGGGUGAGUAUCCCAGAAUUCAUAGGCUCCUUCACGAUGUUGAGGUAUCUUGAUCUUUCGGGUGCCCAUUUUGCCGGCCCAGUCCCUCCUCAGCUUGGUAAUUUAUCAAGGCUCCAAUAUCUUGACCUAUCUGGUUCUCACAUGGUAACUGUCGAUAACUUCCAUUGGGUUUCAAAGCUCACUUCCCUGAGGUAUCUUGACCUCAGUUGGUUAUAUCUUGCUGCCUCCUUGGACUGGCUGCAGGCUGUGAAUAUGCUUCCUUUACUGCAAGUGCUUCUCUUGAAUGAUGCAAGCCUUCCUGCCACCAACCUCAAUUGUUUUCCUCAGGUCAACUUCACAACCCUUAAAAUACUUGAUCUCAAGAGUAAUACUAAUCUGAAUUCUUCCUUUCCAAGUUGGAUUUGGAAUCUAUCUUCCCUUUCAGAGUUGGAUCUAUCUAGCUGUGGGCUUUCAGGUGAGAUUCCCGAUGAGCUAGGAAAACUGACAUCACUUAAGUCUCUUGCACUAGCAGAUAAUAAGUUGAAAGGAGGGAUACCACGAUCAGCAAGUAGGUUGUGCAAGUUAGUAAACCUCCAUUUGUCUAGAAACCUUUUGUCAGGAGAUAUCACAAAAACAGCGAAGAGUCUGUUACACUGCAUGAAGGGGCUGCAAAUCCUUGACCUUGCUGACAACAAGUUAAAAGGAAAUCUAUCUGGUUGGCUUGAGCAAAUAGUAAGCUUAAGAGUUCUUGAUCUCAGUAAGAACUCACUAUCUGGAGCUGUUCCAGCUAGCAUUGGGAAUAUAUCGAACCUGACAUACUUGGAUAUUUCCUUCAAUUCCUUCAAAGGCACAAUAUCAGAACUCCACUUUCUCAAUUUAUCAAGAUUGGAUACUUUAGUUUUAUCAUCGAAUUCCUUGAAGAUUAUGAUGAAUCACAGAUGGGUGCCACCCUUUCAGCUCCGAGAAGUAGGAAUGCAUUCUUGCUUGGUUGGGCCACAAUUUCCAACUUGGAUGCAAUCGCAAACUAGAAUUGAGAAGAUUGAUGUAGGCAGUACAGGCAUCAGUGGCGUGUUACCUGAUUGGAUCUGGAACUUCUCUUCAUCACUUACAAGCUUAAAUGUCUCAAGAAACAAUAUAACUGGGAAAUUGCCUGCAAGUUUGGAGCAAUUGAAAAUGCUGACAACUCUGAGCAUGAGGUACAAUCAACUUGAGGGAAGCAUUCCUGAUUUGCCAACUGGUAUUCAACUGUUGGAUCUGUCGCACAAUUACUUGUCUGGAUCAUUGCCACAGAACGUUGGAGGCAGAGAAUUGUAUUACCUGCUACUCUCGCAUAAUUUUCUUAGUGGAGUAAUACCAACAAAUCUAUGUAAAACGGUAUCAAUGGAAGUUAUUGAUCUAUCAAACAACAAUCUUUCAGGGGAGCUUCCGAAUUGUUGGAAAAAAAACUCAAACCUGUAUACCAUAGAUUUUUCUAGCAAUAAUUUCUGGGGAGAAAUACCAUCUACCAUAGGUUCUCUAAGUUCCCUCGUUACACUGCAUAUCAGCAAGAAUAACUUAUCUGGGACAUUGCCCACCUCGUUGCAGUCAUGCAACAGGCUAAUGUUGCUUGAUCUUGGAGAGAAUAAUUUGUGCGGAAACAUACCAAAAUGGAUAGGUGAUGGUCUACAUACUCUAAUAUUUCUGAGUUUACGUUCUAAUCAGUUUUCUGGUGAAAUACCUGAAGAGCUAUCUCAACUUCAUGCUCUGCAAAUUUUGGAUUUUGGUAACAACAAACUAUCUGGCCCUGUAACACAUUUCCUGGGAAAUUUAACGGCCUUGCACUUGGGCAGCCCAGUAUGGGAUGGAUCACCUUUUGUUGAAUUCAUGGUUUAUGGUGUUGGGGGUGCUUACUUUUCUGUGUACACGGAUACAUUAGAAGCAGCAUUCAAAUAUUAUGACAUUUUCAGCAUUGAUCUCUCAACAAAUCAAUUUACUGGUGACAUUCCAAGUGAAAUAGGAUCCCUAUCUGCAUUAAUAAACUUGAAUCUGUCAAGGAAUUACAUCAAAGGAAGUAUUCCUGAAGAACUGGGAAGAAUCACAGAAUUAGAGUCACUUGAUCUCUCAUGGAACAAUCUAUCUGGUUCAAUUCCUCAGGGCUUGGCGUUGCUGACAACGUUGGGAGAGCUGAAUUUAUCCUACAAUGAUCUCUCAGGAAAGAUACCUUCAGGAUUUCAAUUAGAUACUUUCGGAGGAGAUUCGUACUUGGGAAAUGUAAAUCUUUGUGGGGCUCCACUAUCAAGAAUUUGUUUGCCCAAUGGCAGCAAGCAUCGGCACCGUAAACUUCAUCAACAUUUUGAUAUGGUGACAUACCUAUGUAUGUUGCUGGGGUUUGCAUCUGGAUUCUCCAUAGUUCUCGUCAUCCUCAUAUCCAGUGCAGCUGCAAGGAAGGCCUACUUUGAGUUCACCGACAACAUACUCAACAAGUUGCACACUGAAGCUGAUCUGAAACUCCAUUUCAACAGAGCGUUAGCAGGAAGAAACCUGUCCAUGCCAACCGAAAGUCAGAACUCUCUUACUUGCUACCACUUCGAAGGACCUCCUUCUCCCUCGUAGAGGAGCAUUUAAUAGUAUAAACAAAUCGGAUUAGGCAUGUACUAAUUUAGUUAAAUACUAGAUAAUAGCCCGUGCGUUGCUACAGCAAAAUCAAUAGUAUUUUUAAACAGAAUAUGCUACUGUAAUAAAUUUCCCAGUUAUAUUGUUUCUCAAACGGAAGUAUUCUAGAGGAGAAUGACAAGGUUCAGAUAUGAAAAUUGAAAUAGAUCAGAAGACCACUAAAUCGCAUCUGGCAUGUUCUCAUAACAAAGUAACUAAAGAGGUGCCAAAGCUUUACAUGUUUCUAUCUAUACUACAAUUCCACAAAAGAUGUAUGAAAAUAAAGGAGGAUGAAACUUGCAAAAGUGUAGGGCAAAAACUUGAUAAACAACUACCCCACGUAGAUCAUACUUGAACUACCAUGCAAAUGGCAACAUCAUGAUUUGUAGUUUACAAACAUCUUUUUUCCACAAUUCAUUCGCAGGGUCAACCUCAAAAUUAAUAUGCCAGCUUCGUAUCAGAUUUCUUCAUAAUUGUUUAUAUAAAAUUUUGAUAGCCCCUCACAUAAUGCAAGGCUACACUGCUGAAUGAUACAGGACAUUAAGCUAUUUAGAUAUGACACAAUAAAUUUGAUUGUGAAUGAGAAUCAGAAAUAAAGUAAGUCAACAUACGUACAAGCAUUAACCAAAUGGUUCUUCCUAAUAUCACCACGAUGAUUCAGAAAGGCAACGCAUUUCUGUUGGCCUCUGAGGCUGCAACGGUGCACGCCGCAGUUACAAACCUCAAAAAAUCUCCUCGGCAAUUCUUCUUUACAGUGAGGGCAGCAGUUACAAUCAGGC